CUCCCGCCUCCGGGCGGCCGGGCGCGUCCCUGCGUCUUCUCGGAGCCGAAGCGAGCCGACCCCGCGGCGGCCUUCACCUUCCUGUCCUUCCCGGUGGCGGGGCUGGGGGCCCGGCCGAGGCCGAGGCCUGACCGCGUCGGGUGGAAAUGGAGGCGGCGGCGGCGGCAGGGCCGGGCGGUGGCAACAGCAGCAGGGGCUGAGCGGGGAGGGUCGGGGAGGCGCCGCCUUUGCCGCCGCCGCCGCCGGCCGCAGCCGGGCCGGGGGGAUGAAGCAUCAUCUGGGGCCGUCGGAGCCGGCCGGCCGCGCCGCCGAGUGAGGAAGCAACAACUUUAUAUGGCUCAUGUCUGACAACAUGCACCACCAGUGGCUGCUGCUAGCUGCAUGUUUUUGGGUGAUAUUCAUGUUCAUGGUUGCUAGCAAGUUUAUAACAUUAACUUUUAAAGACCCAGAUGGCUACGGUGCCAAGCAAGAGCCAUUAACAGCUGUGACAAAAGUGGAGGAGGUACACGUGCCAGAGGAAAAACAUUGGCCUGAAGAAUUCCAGCCAACUGGAAAAGCUUUUUCUGGAAAUCUGAUCCGCCAGCCCCUCGUUCAUAUGGAAAGACUUGAGCUUCUCAGGAAUGUCUGCAGAGACACUGCAUUGAGAAAUCUCUCUCACACGGCGGUUUCCAAAUUCGUCUUGGACCGAAUAUUUGUGUGUGACAAGCACAAGAUCCUGUUUUGUCAGACACCAAAAGUGGGCAACACUCAGUGGAAAAAAGUCUUGAUCGUUUUAAAUGGAGCAUUUUCCUCCAUAGAAGAGAUCCCAGAAAAUGUUGUACAUGAUCAUGAGAAGAAUGGCCUUCCACGCUUGUCCUCCUUCAGUGACUCUGAAAUUAAAAAACGACUGAAUUUAUACUUCAAGUUUUUUAUUGUUAGAGAUCCAUUCGAAAGACUUAUUUCUGCAUUUAAAGACAAGUUCGUGCACAACCCUCGGUUUGAGCCUUGGUACCGGCACGAGAUUGCUCCCGGCAUCAUCCGCAAAUACAGAAAGAACCGCACGGAGACCAAAGGGCUGCAGUUUGAGGAUUUUGUGCGCUACCUGGGUGACCCAAAUCACCGCUGGCUGGACCUCCAGUUCGGUGACCACAUCAUUCACUGGGUAACCUACGUGGAACUCUGCGCCCCCUGUGAGAUCACCUACAGCGUGAUCGGGCACCACGAAACCCUGGAGGAUGAUGCUCCGUAUAUCCUGAAAGCAGCCGGCAUAGACCACCUGGUGUCAUACCCCACCAUUCCGCCUGGCAUAACAGUGUACAACAAGACAAAAGUAGAGAGGUAUUUCUCGGGAAUUAGCAAGAGGGACAUAAGGCGCCUCUACGCCCGGUUCGAAGGUGAUUUUAAACUCUUUGGAUAUCGGGAGCCGGAUUUCCUGCUAAACUGACACCCAGGAUGAGCUCUGAAGAGGCGUCUGGUGGAUAAAACUAAACCUGCGUGAAUACCAGCUGCAACACUGACAAAGCUGAGAGUGACCAUUUGUUUUCUAGCUUUUUGAUGUUGCUCCAUUUUUCAGUGAAAUAUUUGUUAUAUGAACAAGUCGGGGCUUGUAGUUGUUGUUUACUGACCAUGUUUUUGGUAUGUGGCAUUGCAAUCUGUUAGGAAUGAAGUCUCUUGUUAUCUGAAAUACUGAAUUCCAGUUCUCUCCUCUUCCCUGCUGGAAAAAAGAGGGACAAUGAAUGGGCUCUGAUCUUCCUCUCCCAGACAGAAUGCCAUUUAUGAAAUGUUGUGAAGCAUUUAUAAAGAUAGCAGUUUCACUCUAGGUUAACUCUUGAUGUGGGUGAGCUUCACGAUUCACGCUCAUGAGAAAGGUGUGUAGACUCCCAUAAGCUUUGAAAAUGAGAGGCCAGUACAGGACUAAAAAUUGAUUAAAUGCUGACAAGUAAAAUCAUUAUGCUAUAAUAACAGUAAUGCUGACCUAGUCACAUUUUUAUUUGUCACAAAAUGAACCUAAUUAGACAGAAACUUUAGAGUUGUUAAAAAAGAGACUGGUUCCAGAGUCCAGUUUGUAUUUUUGUCAAGUGUUUACUUACUGCUUGUCUAUUGAACCUCAUAAUUCUCCUUUCAUUUUCAAAAUAUCAUUUAACUCCUGGCUUUGUAAGUUGUCUGAGAACACUGGAUGCAAAUGGAGCAUAGAAGAAAUAUGAAACUAUUAAGGAAACUUGAAGGAAAAUUAAUUUAAAAUAAAGCAUUAAUUGUAUUUGUGGGAGAACAUAUAGAAGUCAUGAGAUGCUCUCACACAAUUUAACCUGUUUUGUCUUCUAACAAUUAAGUUAAUAAAGAAACCACAGAAGCGGGAUGGCAUAUAAAAGAGCUGCUAGAGUUACUUGGAUUAAUGUUCUGCCUUUUUCUUAUAUACAGUCUUGCUCAAUGUUCAGUACCUCAGAGACCAUAAAAUUUAGCCCCCCUGAAAAAUCAUCUCCCUACCACUGAAGGAGACAGGGUGAAUCCCUGAUUCACUGCCCUGAUGUACCAGCUUAGGAAUACCUAACAGUUGUGUUACCACUGGGAUGAGUUGGCAACUUGCCAGGAGUAUGAAUGUUACUUAUAUUUGUGUACUCAUUUUAUGCAUUAAAAAAAAAAAAAAAAAAAAAAAAGAAAAAGAAAAAAAACAACUGAAUGGAUGCAGCCAUCAUAUUUGCCUCUGCUUGCAUUGUGUCCCAUAAAGAGGAGUUUCUUGUUCGAGUUCACCAGCAAUAAAAUCAGUGUGCUGCCACCGCAUCCCACAGGCCAUGGGAGAGAUACAGACCAUGUAUCUUUAAUACAGGAGUUGUUCUGUCAUGGUGAGCAUAUGAACUGUAUUUUUAAAAUCUUAGUCACAAAAGAUUAAUUUUCAGAUCAGCAUAAUGUUGCUGGCUAGAAAUGCUAAUGAUGACCAGUGCUAUGGAAUCUGCUCCUUAGAUCCAGACGUAGUAUGGUUUUGAUAGCUGCCUGUAUUAGCACAGGGAAGCAUCUUAAACUUGUGAAAAAAGAAAGCUGUGCAAAGCUGACAUGGGCUGCUACCCACAAAAAGGAAGCUUUGUUGUAGCUGGAAGUGAUUUCAGAGAGAUCUCAACAGACUACUUGAAAUAAAGGAGAAUCAUUAACUGGGUAUCAAUAGCAAGAGAAUAGUCCAAGGUGGCAAAGCUGGAAGGUGGGAUUUUUUUCAUUAUUUUUUUUAAGCAACAAUUGAAGUGCCCUAACUUGUUAGUUCUUAACCAAUGAUAAAAAGAUGUUAACAGCUCCAAGUUUUUCUGUGGUUUUCUUAAUAUGGGAACUUUACAUAAUGUACUGUUAAAUGCAUUUUGGAGCUAAUGAGCUGAUUGAUUACCUCUCUGCCGAUAUAAAAUGUAACAGUGUGAAUAAUGUAUAGUGAAUUCAGGCCUUAAAGUUUAAUUCUAAUAAAGUAGAAUUGUUUUCCUCUGAAA